AUGGCGCCGCCGCCGAUCCCCGGCGGCCGCGGCGGCGGCCGCGGCCGCGGCAAGGGCGGGUACAAGGGAAGGAUGGGGAAGCGCUUCAAGAAGGAAAAGGACGGCGGCGACAAGCCGAAGAGGAAAAAAACAGGAUUCGGCGUGGUGGGCGUCCUCGGCCUCUUCGCGUCGCUCCUCGGCGCGAUGACCGCGCUCGCGGUGCGCGAGACGAAGAAGACGUCGCAGAAGAGCGACGACGUCCGCAGAAGGCUCCUGAGCCGCCCGAGAGCGUACAGCAAGCACGCGGCGUGUCGCAUGGACUGCCGAAAGGUCACGGACGAGGACGCGGAGAACACGCUGCAUCGCGGCGCGCUCAGCGACCGCCACUCCACGCCGAGCGCGCGGCCGUGCCCGCGGUGGGCGCUCGAGGACGGACGCGUGCGCGCGGUGUGGGCGGAGUGUCGAGACGAGACGCGGCUGGUCACCGUCAUCGACACGGUCACGGACCACCCGUGCGGACCGUGUUGA